AGUUUUUCCGAAAAUACCAAAUGGAAUAAAAUUUAUUUAGUUGUUGUUUAUUUACAUAAACUGCUGCAGCGGAAGGGAAAAGAGGGAGACAAUCAAUUAUGCUCCGACUACCAGCCUUUAUAGCGGCCCACGGAGCAGCCGGCAGACGUAAUUUCGCCUACAAGACAAAAACGCCGGAAACCCACUACGAAGUACUGAAUGUUAAAAGCGAUUGCAGCAAACAGGAUAUACGCAACGCCUAUCUGAAACUCUCCAAACAGUACCAUCCAGAUGUUAAGAGCAAUGCCGCAAGUGUGGAGAAAACAGCGCGAUUUGUCAAAAUAACGGAGGCGUAUCAGACCCUGGUGAAGACAUCGACGCGCAAGGAUUACGACGACAGCUUGAUCUGGUAUCCGGGCGGCGCACGUGAAACGAUUCAGCCCUGGGAUGUGAGACCCAAUUACAAUCCAAAUCCUGGCCCGUACUAUGGCAUCAAGGGCAUGAAUCGUGUCUCCAACUGGCAGGUGGCCUUGUUUCUAAUGUCUUUAGGCAUUCUUGGCGCAAUCUUCGGCUUUAGCUCGGUCAAACAUUCGUUUGCGCUGAGCCGUCAAGUACAAGAUGAAAUCUCAGCGGAGGCAAACUCUCACCAUGCGGCUGUUGUUGCCGAUGCGCAAAAAUAUGGCAAUCAGGAGCAAAUGCGGCGCAUGGUCGAGCGCCUGGCUAGGGAUCCAUUGGGCAGGGCAGCAGCCAAGUAACCAUUUCAACGUUUUAAUCAUGUUUAGACUAAAUUUUUUGUAUAUAGUAUUCAAAUAGAUAUGUUUUAUGUAUGGGCUUAA